UUGCUUAUUUUGAAACGCUCACAUUAAGAUUUCUGUUGCUUUAUUAAUAUAGACGUGACAUUGGUGUCCGUCAGCUAAUAAACACUUUACUUUGAAGAGUACCACAGGAACACGUAUGUUAUGUUUUUGCUGGCUUUCCUUUCACCCAAAGCACAUUGUGUACUGGAGCUGAAUGCUACUGCUGCCAACCAGUGGUGGUCUGCUUUCACCAGCUAUUUCUGCAUGUGAUUGUGUUGCAAAAUUCCUUUCAGUUUGUCAUUUGUAAGCACCCGGUUACCUUCGGACAAAAACGGUCAGACUUCCAGCUUUGACUGAGAAUUAAUGUGCCUGAGAAUCUGACACAAGGCUGCUAAAUGGCUACCUCGGGCUCCACCUCUUGUGCCUCCAUCACCUCCAUUGUGCCUGAGGGUUUCCAUUAUGAAACCAAAUACAUUGUUCUGAACUACCUGGGAAUGCCGCCCACUGCUGGAUCACAGGCGACUAUAGAUCAAGGAGAUGCAAUAAAUGAGAAGGCUGGAAUAGUAAAAGAGCAGAUAGAAGAAGAGCUGAAACGGCUGGAAGAUGACAUUUCUGCCUCCUUUUCCAGUACAGGCUUUGACCGCCACACAUCACCGGUGUUCUGUCCAGCCAAGCCCGACAGCUCCGUUGAAGACUGUCUUGCUGUAAUUGGAGACAAAGUGGCCCAGGAGCUUGACACACACCUGGCAGCAGCCGUACAAACACUCCUCACAGGACCUCUAGACUACCAGAGAUUCAGAAGCACAACGUUGGAUCUUUCCAAACACACACCGGAAGGCUGGAGUAAGGUGCUAGUGCCUCUGGUCCUGCUCCAGGCUUUACAAAGCAAAGGCCAGACCUUGACAACGCUGUUGGAUCUGGGAGUUCGCUGGCUGGAGGAAGAAGAGGCGGACUACAUCAUCCAGCAGGGAGGAUGGGGUGAAAUAUUCAACCUCGUGCCAGAGGAGGAACGUGGCGUGACCAUUGCUGAAGACAGCAACGACAUCUACAUCCUCUCAGGGGAGCAGUAUCCUGACCAGCUCAGCCCUCCCUCAUCACUGCUCUGCACAGGAAACAGCAGUGAGCAGAGCUCCUGGCAGACGGAAAGCUUACCUGUGUCUCUGGCUGGCCACGAGUCCUGGGCACAGGUUAGUGCAAUGGACCCUGAAGAUGUCAAGAGCCUGGACAGCAAUGAGGGCGUGGCCCUGGCUGAGGAGCGAAGUGAGAACAACUCCUCAAACUCGGACAUCGUCCACGUGGAGCGUGAGGAGGCUGAGCUGCUGGAGGAGGGCGGUGAAGUUGGGUUGAUAGAUGAAAGCAUGAUGAGUGUUUUAGGAACAGAGAGUGAACUGGCUGAGCUCAGGGCAGAAUUUGGGGACCAGAUUCCAGCUAUGCCAGCGUUGUCCGGGGCAGAUUCCACACCACCUGCAUCUUUGCUUUCUUUAGAGGAGCCAGUUGUGAUAGAGACACCUGCAAGCUUGUCUGCAGAACCUUCCUUCAUCUCCUCGGAGCCAGAGCUGCUUCUUCCUGUCCCAGAACCUGCUGCUCCCCCUGUUGUUGAGCCUGAACCUGCAGCACCUUUGCCUGUUCCUGCAGUAAAACAAGAGCCUGAGCCAGAAGCAGCUGCUGCCACUGCCCCAGUGCCUGCUGAGGUGGCUACUCCAUCUCUAGCCAAGGAAAUUCCAGUAGCACCAGCAGAGCCUGAAGCCUCAUCAGAACCAGUUUCUGAACCAGACCAGGAAACGCAGCCCGUCACUGUGCCUCCCCAGCCAGAACCAGAGGAUGUGGUGGAACCAGUUGCCACAGUGACUGGACCUCCAGUCUCUGAGGCUCCUCUUGAGGAGCCUCAAGCGGCGUCUGUUGAAGCCCCACUUGAGGAGCCUGUGGUAACCAUUGUAGAAGCCCAAGUUGAGGAGGCCCUGGUGGCUACUGUGAAAGCCCCAGUCGUGGAGAUCCCAGUGGCUCCUGUGGAAGCCCCAGUUACUGAAGCCCCAGUCAAGACCCCAGCUAAGGAGGAUGCAGUGAAGCCUGAACCAGCAGAAGAGCAGUCACUGCUGCUCUAUGGUGCUGCUCUGGCGCUCCUUGUUGCUGUGGUUUACAGUGUCAUAAGCUUCAGGAGAAGAUAGAAAAUGAAUAAUUGUCUUGAACUGAAGAGCAUGCCAUGUGUAAAGAUAUUAAGUUAGAAAGGUAUUAAUAUACAUGUGACAGGACUGUCUUUGGAUUGCACCAGAUUAGUCUGUUUUUUUUAAUUCUUCAAAGUUCAAACUCUAUGAAAGUGCCCCUCAGCCAAGCAAAUUCUCACUUCAUCUUCAUGGCCGUCAUGGCCGCUUCAUUCCACGCAGUGCAAACGCAGACAAGGAACACGACACACUCCAUUACACACUCCAUUACACUUCUAAUUCUGUCUUCCUGUCUGGGUUCAUUUUAGUGUUUUUUUUUUUUUAUAUUCAACUCCAACCUUGCAUUUCUUAUCAGAAAGCGUGUGAUCUCGUAUCAGUUCAGUUUUGAAUCUAUCAGUUUUGUACUUUUUGAAGUAAACCCACAUGGAAAAUAAAUAUUGUCUCAUAGAUGAGGUAAAAACCCUAAGGUCUGCAAGGGACAUGCAUUACUUUAUGUAGUUUUUUAUUUUUUGUGAAUGAAAACAUUAAAGGUUUUGCCCACAGAUGGAUGAAAACCCGUGUACAGAGGUGCAUUGUAUUCUUUAGAAAGGAUUCAGCAAACAUUCAUACAAACCUCAAGAUGAGUCAUUUUCCUUUGCCAUCGUCAGCAGAAAAACCUCAAAAUUCUCUCGAGGUCCACAAGUACAAUAACAGACCAAGUAACUAGCGUAACAGUUUCACCAUGUCUUUUUAAACACGUUCAGUCAUUGUAAAUUGCUUUACAUCAUGCUUACAUUUGCUGUGUAAGGCGUGUCCUGUUCUUUGUAGUUAUUCUGGAGUCACAAAUGUCACAAAGCAUUUAUUUUAGUUAUGAGUGUCUAGUCUUUGCCGUGUAUCUUUAGUUAUACUACUGUUGGGUUAUAAAUGUACCUGCUAUCUGCACCAUUGUCAGGAUAUCAAUGUCUUACAUUUGCCAACUAAAAAACGAGUCUGUUAGCUACUGUGAAAUCCAAUUUAGGUUCUAAAGUGACCAAAUGGUACCAAGUAGUUGGUGUGACUUUAUAAGCCGAGAAUAAUGACAAAUAUUUGGUUUCAAAGUAAUAUGACUCUUUUCACAAGUGACAGCCAGUAAAUCUUUAAAGUAGUUCAGAUAUGCACUUCACAUGACAAAACAAAGGCGAACCUUUCAACCAAACUUUUCCUGCUCUCUCAAUUUGUUUCAGGUUUUGGGGAUGCAGCUAAAUUAACUGGUAUACAAAUUAAAGCAUGGUUACUACAAUGAUGUCGCACCGCUGGCAAAUUUCAUACAGGAAGGAUGUUUUUAUGUUCCAGUAUGGUGAAUAAUUAAGCUAAAGUAAUCCUCCUGUUAAAGGGAAACUGGAAGUACAGAGGAUGGAUGUUAAAGUGGUUCAAACAUGACAUUUUGUAGCUAAAGUUCAAUAUUCUGAAAUAGGAAUAAAAAGGUGAAACAAC